AUGGUAAGCAGGGCCGUUACUAUGGGGGCGGUGCCAGGUGCCGCCGGAGUUUCCGGUGAGGCUGGUUUGGCCGGUGUACCUAGACUUUUGGAAGAUUUAGCAAGACUAUCCGAGGACAAGGACACUGCCGACAUCGUAUUCCUUUUGGGUAGAGACGAGACCCCGGUUUAUGCUCACAGAAUCAUACUACAAGCAAGGUGCAAGAAUUUCGCAGCCGCUAAAAGGAUUGGCACGGCUGGAAACCCGACACCCGUUAGAAUGCCACACGCUCAUCCGGAAACCUUCAGGCAGUUCAUUCAUUAUAUCUAUACAGGCAAAAUCAUGCUACAAGAUAGUGGAAUAUUCGAGAUGCUAGGUCUUGCUCAAGAACUUGGUGUCGAGGAACUUUGGAGGAGUUGCGAGGAACACGUAUCGGCUACGUUAAGUCCUGGAAAUGCAUGUGCCCUUUUGACUGCUGCUUUGGAUGCUCAGGAACGAGUACCAGGUGGGAAAGGUGCUUGCUCAUCCUUUAUCGAGAGAUGUUUUGCAUUUAUCGGAGAAAAUGCAGUGGACACGGUGAAAACAACAGCAUUUUGUAAUCUACCAAAAGAUGCUCUUGUCAAAUUGAUAUCUUCCGACUAUCUUGGCCUAGAAGAGGAAGAUGUAUGGAGAGCAGUACUGAACUGGGCCAAGUAUCAGGCAGGGGUGACGCAGCCUACACAACAUUGGACCGAAGAGGAACGAGUGAGGGUCUGCCAACAUUUGUCGGGAGUGAUAAAUCAUGUUCGUCUACUACUCAUCGAUAGCCAGGUCUUUGCAGAAGAAGUAGAACCAACUGGAGCUGUACCGAUAGAACUAUCUUUGGAAAGAUACAGAUUUGCAGCACUACCAAGCAAGUAUGCAGAAAUUUGUUCGGAUAAGAGAUUACAACCAAGAGUAAGUCCUUUUCUAUUCCCUGGGUCACAAAUUUUAUCAAGAGACAAGAUAGGAUAUCAACGAUUAUUGAAUCAAUGGUAUGGUUCACCGAAACAAAGUUGGCGUUUGAUUUAUAGAGCUUCUGGUCAUGGCUAUUCUGCAACAUCUUUUCAUCGUCACUGUGAUGGUAUUUCUCCAACAUACGUAAUAGCAUUAGGAACGCGUGGAGAAAUAUGCGGUGGAUUUAGUGAUGCACCAUGGGGUAAAACUAACGCUAAAGGACAUUAUAUUUCUUCAGAAAAAGCUUUUCUUUUUACAUUAACUAAUAAUCAGGAUAUACCUCCAACCAAAUAUGAAAUUGUUAAAAAGCCCUUUGCUAUAUGUUAUCAUCCUGACAUAGGACCCAUAUUCGGUGCAGGUGCAGAUCUAUUAAUAUCGAGUAACUGUAACACAAACAUGGAAAGUUACAGUAAUCUUCCUCACAGUUAUGAUGGAGAAAAUGCUUCGAACACAAUACUUAUGGGAGAUUAUAACUUUUCUGUAGUAGAUUAUGAAGUGUUUACACCUAACCAUCAUACUCCUAAAUCGAAUCACUGAUAAUUCGUACGACAUUUUGAAACAUAGUACAAUAUUGUAAAUAUUCUGAUUUACAUGCUCUCUUAUACAGACUGAGAUUAUUUUAUACACGUAAUGUAGUUUAAUAUUUUUCAAUCGUAGUACGUUAAUGAAGUAUCUAUCGGGAUAUCAAAUCCAAUUAUAAUUCUAUAUUUUAUAUGAUAUAACUAAUAGCACAAAUUGUAUAAUUCUAAUGCCUUUUAUGAGGAUGCAUUUAAUAGAAUUGUACUUCUUGAAAUCGAGUUUUCAA